GUUUUACAAGCGUUGUGCCGGAUUCACGCAUAAUGGACGGCGACUCAGUCAGCCGAGCAGCCUACUCCUCUUUGUCCUUCUCCCCGUACCAUACCCUACCAUCAAGAUAGUCGUCGUCAAGAUGAGCUCGAACAGAGGAAGCAGCGGUGGCAGCGGCAGCGGCAGCCACCAUGACCAUCACGACGAAUCCACACGACAUCGCAUCUCACGCAUCGCUGGCGCCCUCGGCGCGAGCAUGACUCCAAAGUACUAUCGCGUAGGCGCUCCGACGUCUUCUACCCCUUCGCAGGCUACUUCAUCCUCUCCUUCCUCCUCUCACGCCUCCUCUCCAGCCGACCGUCUGCUAAGUAUCUCCCGCCAGCUAGGCGGCGCAGUCGGAUCUCCGACGUCGAUCCGACAACACUCGUCGCAGAACAACUACAGCGGGCAACACUCCCACCCUCACGCCGAAGCCAAACAGUGGGAGCGUCUCCCUCGCUUUCGUGACCUCCCCUCCGAAGGAGGCUUCCCUGGCUGUGCCUGGUCAGUCUGGGGCCAGGGGGACCAGCUGGGCACUUUAAACAUGCUGACAGCACCUGUGCGCGCGAGAGCCGCAAAGGAGGAGAUUCGCACAGGUGUCUGUGUGACCUUGAGCUGGCCGAUGCACUUGCCUCUUCAUGCUGCUUUCGGCCGCAAGGGCGUGGAGCAUACAGCGAGGGGGAAGCAGGGUCCGCAGUACGCCGAGAGGAGGGAGGCGGCAUUACACGAGCGCCGCGUGGCGGGGGAAGCCGUCGAGGAUCGUAGUGAUCAGGAGGGCAUGCCUUUGGCGGACGAUGAGAUCGCGCUAAACCUGCAAGCAGGAUCUCAGUGGGAUGGUUUGAGCCACUUUGGUCAUCUGUCACUCAAUUGCUACUAUGGUGGGCGGAGCCGCAAGGAGAUUCACGAUUCCUUUGCUAACCCGGAUCGCCCGGUCGAUCCUCGAGGAGAGAGAGGACCUGACUUGGGGAUCCAGGCAUGGGCGCAGAAGGGCAUCGCGGGGAGAGGGGUGCUCCUGGAUGUUUGGGGCUAUCUGUGUAGGAAUAAUGAGGGGAAGCCGCCCUAUGAUCCUGCAACUACGAACGCCAUCACGCUGGAUCAGCUGAGGGAUUGCGCGAGGGCGCAGGGCGUAAGGUUCAGGCAAGGCGACAUCCUGAUCAUCCGCACUGGCUGGACGUACCGCUACUACAACUCCUCAGACGCGGAGCGUCGCGAUGGUGCCACGGGCAAGAAGGGGUACGUCGGCAUCGAGCAAGGCGAUGCGAUGCUCGAGUGGCUGUGGGACAAUCAUUUUGCUGCUGUGGCGAGUGACGCGCCUGCUUUGGAAAGAUGGCCUUGCCCACUGGGCCAGACCCAUUUACACGAGACGCUCCUCGCAAUGUGGGGAAUGCCCAUCGGUGAGAUGUUCGAUCUCGAGGAUCUGACGCAUCAUUGCUUGAGCAACCGACGCUGGACGUUCUACUUCUCGUCUUGGCCGCUCAACUUGUGGGGUGGUGUCGCGAGCACGGCUAACGCGGGGGCGACGUUCUAAGGCGCUAGUGUGGCGAACCACAGCCUGUCUUGAUUUGAUCUUUGGGCUCUAUGUCUGCUCCUCAACGCUAUAUUACCUCUUCCUGCGGUCACGUUGAACAGCAU